GCGAGCUCCCGUACCGUCUCGCCCGGUUUGAAAGUGAAGCGGGGAAACGCUGCCGCUGAACUGUUGUGACGCGGAGAUAAGAAGAAAACAGCAUGGCCUCCUCUUCCUCUUGCACCGAUGAAGAUUCAUUCAAAACCCCCAAAGCCAUCAGGGUGAAGAGCUGUGGGAUCACUGGUGGGAACAAUGGUGGGACCCCCAUCACCAUCCCAGCUUCCCCCUUCAUGAAGAAGCUGGGCUGCGGGACUGGAGUCAAUGUUUACCUCAUGGAUAGGAUGGGGAAGCUGAACGCGUCUCCCUGGGCCGUGAAGAAGAUCAACAGCAAGUGUGCUGCGAGGCAAAUGGCCGUUUACCAGAAGCGUCUGAACGAGGAGGCGAAGGUGCUGAAGGGAAUCGUUCAUCCCAACAUCGUCGGUUUCCGUGCCUUCGCGACGGCCAAAGACGGCUCCAAGUGUCUGGCCAUGGAGUACGGGGGGGAGCAGUCACUCAACGACCUCAUCGAGAAGCGGCGAGCGGACGGCCUGAAAGCUUUCCCCGCCGCCAACAUCGAGAAGGUGGCGCUGCAUGUGGCGCGCGGCCUGCAGUAUCUUCACAACGAGAGGAAGCUGCUGCACGGGGACAUGAAGUCCUGCAACGUGGUCAUCAAGGGCGACUUCGAGACCGUGAAGAUCUGUGAUGUGGGCGUGUCCCUGCAGCUCGAUGAGAACAUGAGAGUGUCAGACCCGAAGGCGGUGUACAUCGGCACGGAGCCGUGGAAGCCGAUGGAGGCUCUGGAGGAGGGGGGAGAGAUCAGCGACAAGGCGGACGUCUUCGCCUUCGGCCUGACUCUGUGGGAGAUGAUGUCUCUGGCGAUGCCUCAUCUGGAGAUGCUGGGGGACGACGAUGAGGAGGAGGAGGAUGAAGAGGACUCGAUGGAGGACAGCUUUGACGAGGACGCCUACUACGAGAGGCUGGGGACGAGGCCGGCGCUGGACGCUGAAGCUCUGGGCGGCUCGUACCGGAGGAUGGUGGAGCUCUUCUAUCUGUGCACAGAAGAAGAUCCCAAGAAGAGACCCUCAGCCGCCCAGGUGGUCCAGGCCCUGGAGAGCAAUGCCCCGCUGAGCCAGAAGCAGAGUGAGGUCAUCAUUAUCGACUGAUGUGCAAGUCCAGUCAGGACUUCAGAUAAUAGAUCAGUUAAAGGAUUAAGUAUUAAAUAAGGUUGUUUCGUCCAAACUUGAAUCAGUGACUCAUGCUUGAGGUUCUUUGUAUUUUCAAAAUCAAACUACAACCUCCAGGACGUAAAUAUAGAAGAAACCAUAUCGUCACUGGUCAAAGUGUCGUUUGAAUUCAGCUACUGGGACCAACUGGAAUCUCUUACUGUAAAUCUUCACUUGUGUGUUCGUCUUCUCUCUCUUGUUCCGUCGACUUUUAUUGUAAAUGUUUUUGUCUUUACUUUCAUUACUCGUCACUUUCUCUCAAAGUUAUUUCCAAAUCUUUGUGGACUUUCUAUCAUUGUAAACUUUGCUUUGUCACAAAAUUUGAAUAAUAAACCACAACAACCUGUUUUUA